AUGGCAUCGAUGAGCAAGAGAACACAGGCGCGCAAUGAGCGGGAACUACAUGAGCUGCUCCGUCUGCCGGGGAAUUCUCAAUGCGCCGACUGCGGUGCGAAGAACCCUGCGUGGGCAAGUUGGAAUCUGGGUGUUUUCCUCUGCAUGCGGUGUGCCUCUCUACAUCGCAAACUGGGCACGCACAUAUCCAAGGUCAAGUCUCUCAGUAUGGACACCUGGACAGCAGAUCAGGUAGAGAGCAUGAAGCGCAAUGGAAACAUCGCAGUGAAUAAAGUCUACAAUCCCAAGAACAAGAAACCGGACAUGCCGCUCGAUAUUGAUGAGGUGGACUCCGCUAUGGAGCGAUUCAUACGCAAGAAGUAUCAAGAAAAGAGUCUUUCAGAUGGAAAACCAGAGCCUCCACAGCGCGACGAGAUCUCACCUGCAACUUACUCGAGACAGGAAGAACAAGAAUCACCUCCGCCCCCCUUGCCCCCCAAGAAAGGCAGGUUCUUUGGCUUUGGACUUCGUGCCUCGUCAUCUGCCUACACCCUCUCCAAGCAUGACAAGAAAAAGCUGCCAAAAGAGCCUCGCGUUGACAGCGCAUUUCCUAUAUCGACUGACGAUUACGAUUCAAUGUCGAGGAUGGCGGACGCACGCUUUGAUAUGACGGAAGCAGAGCUGCAGCAGAAACUCAACGCGUUGCGGGACAUGGGCUUCACGGACACCGGCCGCAACACGAGCUUGCUGCGACGGCUGGGAGGGAAUGUGGAGAGGACAAUUGAGAGAUUGGUUCAAGAAGGACAAAGAGACACAACCACUUCUUCAGCCGGCAGAAGGCCAAACCCGACCACAAACGCUGAUUCAAGCCGGGACUCUACGGCUGCGUCUGCUCCCGCUACUAGAGCACCCGCGUCGUCAGAGCCUUCGUAUAACCCAUUCACGCAUAUGACCGGCGAACAAACAGUCGGGCUGUCAAUUUCAAAACCUCAACAACCAGCAAAUUCUCCCGCGCAGGUGUACCACAGCACCAAUCCCUUUGGUCCAGCAACUCACACUCAAACCGAGACCGGUCUCGAACAGUCCUUGCAAUCCAUGCAACUUGCUCACCCUCUGUUCCCCCAUAGCACUGGAGGGUAUCCUAGCCAGCCUCCUCCUCUUCAGGAUCCACGUCUGCAAUAUUCUGUCACCCCUCCGGUUCCAUCCACACACUUUCAACAAGGAUAUGUCGCUUCUCCAGCUGCGAUUUCUAUGAAUACAAACCCCUUCUUCCAAUCGACCAGUGGCCCCCCUCAAUCCACGAGCAACAAUCCUUUCCUGCCUCAAACUGCACCUGCAUCAGGUCCUGUGUCUUCGUCUACGCAUCCACUCGUCAGUUACCAGUCCGUCCAAGCAGGGCCACCAGCCCCGCCCCAACAGCGACAGAGUUCACUUCCUAUAACAUUGACCUCGAACCCCUUUGGACUACCACCCGGCCCAGCAUCGUCUCAAACGAUACAAGAACGGACUGCUCCCCAAUUCCAAAUGCAAGACCCCUUUGGCCCUGUUCGGCAGAACCCUUUCGAAACUCAACAGACGCAUAACCCAUUCCUAACACAGCAGAUGCAACCUCAGCAACAACAGGUGGCACCAUCUCAAAGCCCCCAGCCUCCAGCAUCAGGACCAGGGUUUCCCAGUUUCCAGUAUGGCCAGGCCCAGACCCAACCACAGCCGCAACAGCAGAACCCACAGUUCCAGCAACAGGCCAUGUUCCAGCAACAAUUCAAUCAGCAGCCUCAAACUCUCUCCCCCCAGCACACCGGGCGGUACGAUAAGAACACAAUCUUGGCUCUUUAUAAUUAUCCUCAGUUUGCACCAAAACCCCUGGCCUCAAUACCUGAACCGGGCCCGGAGACGGUCGGCUCCGCGCAACCGUCCUCGCAACAGCAUACUUCACCCAUGCAGUCGGGCGAUGUACACUUCCAACCGAACCCAAUAUCCCCGGCCAAGCGCAGCGCCACAAUGCCUGCCUCGAUCUCCAACAUGCACUCUGCUGGAGGCGUUGGGAGUCGCAAUCCGUUCCUCACAAACACGGCUAGCACGACUGCAAACUUCAAUCUCAGUGCCAACCCAAGCAGCCCCGGAUUUGCUGGUGGAAGUGGUACCUCGCCGGCUAGGGCACAGGGCGGCGCAGCUAGACAUCACGCCAGUGCGGACAGCGUGAGCAUCAGUAACCUGGAGAGCGGCCGGCAUAGUCCUGAUGCUUUUGCAAGCUUGAGCGCCCGGUCUGUGAGAUGA